AUGGGUAAAAAAGACAAAAAGAAGACCGCCGAACACAAGGAACGAGUAGCGGCCAAGCAAAACAAGAAAGCCGACAAAAAGGACAAGAAGGGCAAGACCAAAGGCCGCAGCGAUGCAGACAGUGAUGUGGAAGAGGCCGAUCUCGAUGCGAUUCUGGCUCAGUACGCAGAAGAGCAAGCCAAGUUCCUGAAAGUCACAGAAGUGGUUUCGGGGCCGCCUACGCCUCGGUCUUCUGCGACGGUCCUUGCAUCGCCGUCUAACCGAAAUGAAUUGUUGGUGUAUGGCGGAGAGUACUUUGAUGGAACGUUUGCGACAUUCUUUAACAACCUUUUUGUCUAUUUGAUUGAUCGUGGUGAAUGGAGAGAAGUUACGAGUCCGAAUAGUCCACUUCCUCGGAGUGGUCAUGCUUGGUGCCGGGGAGGGAAUACCGGUGGUGUAUACAUGUUCGGAGGAGAGUUUUCUUCGCCGAAGCAGGGCACAUUCUAUCAUUACAAUGACUUUUGGCACCUUGAUACGGCAACCAGAGAAUGGACUCGAAUUGAGACCAAGGCAAAGGGUCCCCCGGCACGAAGUGGUCACAGAAUGACCUAUUACAAGAACUACAUUAUCCUCUUUGGAGGGUUCCAGGAUACUUCGCAACAGACCAAGUACCUUCAAGACCUGUGGAUAUACGACUGUGCCAGAUACACUUGGUUCAAUCUUGUACCAACUCAGAAGCCUGAUCCUCGUUCAUCUUUCUCAUUCUUACCCCAUGAAUCCGGUGCAGUGCUGUAUGGUGGUUACUCUCGUGUGAAGGCCGCUGCAGGAGGCAAGCAGAUCAAGGGUGGCCCACAACGCAUGGCAAUGAGGCCAAUGGUGCACCAAGAUACAUGGUUCCUUCGGAUCACGCCUCCCGAAUCGGAUGCAUCUGUAAGCACUCCACCCGCAGUGCGCUGGGAGCGCAGAAAGAAGCCUGCCAACUCGCCUAAUCCACCGCGAGCAGGGUCUACCAUGGCUUACCACAAAGGACGUGGUAUCAUGUUCGGUGGUGUCCAUGAUGUUGAGAUGAGUGAGGAAGGGAUUGACAGCGAAUUCUUCGAUUCCCUGUUCGCCUGGAAUACGGAUCGGAACCGUUUCUUCCCGCUUACCCUACGGCGUCCAAGGGCGCCAGGAAAGAAGCAGGCUGCGAACCAGAUGAAGGCCAAGAACCGAAGCAAGGCGGAUGAGGAGGAGCUUUUGCAGAACCUCAAGGCUCUGGAAGUCAAAGGAGGCAUUCGUGACGAUGAUGAUGACGAACCCCAAUUAGAUACCCCUAAGGCAACGGAGGAAGAAGAGUCCGAAAAGCCUGAGAAACAGGCCAUCAUCCGUUUCGAGAUGCCUCACAGACGGUUUAACGCCCAAUUAGCAGUCCAGGAUGAUACUCUCUUUAUCUUCAGCGGAAUGUUUGAAAAGGGAGACAAGGAAUUCACUUUCAACGACAUGUACUCGAUUGACCUGGUCAAGCUUGACGGCGUCAAAGAGGUCUUCUACAAUGAACCCGAGAACUGGAACCUUCUUGAGGAGGAAGAAGACAGCGACGAGGAUAUGGACGAUGACGACGAAGAGGAAGAAGUGGAUGUGGAAGAAGAGGAAGCCAUGUCGCUUGAUGCUGCUUCUCCCGCACCUACCGAGGUGACAGUGCCAUCCGUCACGCGUGAAAUGGAACAGCUCGAGGUCGAAGAGUCAGAGCCAUCUGCGAAUGAUAGCAGACCCCUUCCUCGUCCGUUUGAAAGCUUGCGGGAGUUCUUCACCCGGACAUCUGAAGAGUGGCAGAAGAUCUUGAUUGACACCAUCAACGAAAAGGGCAUAGAGAUGGAGAAGAACGUGAAGGAGCUCCGGAAGGAUGCUUUCAAUAUGGCAGAGGAGAAAUGGUGGGAUAGUAGAGAAGAGGUUAUGGCACUGGAGGAUGAACAGGAAGCGGCUGGUAUUGGGGAGGUGGUCAGUAUGGCUGAUAAAGCAGACAACAUGGGUGGUGCCGGGCGCCGCAGGUAA